CGAAGGUUGUCGUCUGGCAACUGCUAGAUAGCGAGCGCCGAGCAGGCGUUAUCCGUUCCUUCAUCUUCUGAACUCAACUCUAUCAAUCGCAAGAACUGCAAGGAGGAAGACGAAGAAGCAGCAGCAGCUGGCCAGCAGCAUUACAGCAGAGCGAAAAUGGCAGCCACAGCUGCAAUUCAAGCCUCCAUGGCUUCUCUUUCGAUAUCCUCAAGCUCCUUCUUCGGCGACCGCCUCUCGUUUCCGUGUACCUUCUCCCCUUUAACUGUCAAGUCGCCGGAGAAGCCAUGUCUCAUUGUUGUAAAGCUAAAACGAUGGGAGCGGAAGGAGUGCAAACCAAACAGCCUUCCAAUUUUGCACAAGAUGCAUGUCAAGGUGGGAGAUACGGUGAAAGUGAUUGCGGGAGACGAUAAAGGGAAAGUUGGAGAGAUUACAAAGAUCUUCAGGCACAACAGCACUGUGGUCGUCAAAGAUAUCAACUUAAAGACGAAGCAUAUGAAGAGCAGAGAACAGGAUGAACCUGGCCAAAUCAUUAAGAUUGAAGCACCCCUUCACAGCUCAAACGUAAUGCUGUACUCAAAAGACCAGAACGUGGCGAGCCGGGUGGGCCACAAGGUGCUGGAUGAUGGGACGCGAGUCCGGUACUUGAUCAAGACAGGUGAGAUCAUCGAUACUGCAGAGAACUGGAAGAAACUGAAGGAAGCGGGCCAGAAGGGCGAGGCAGUUGAAGCAGCUGCUGCAGCUUGAUGGUAGAAUUGACAUUUGGUAGUUGUCAUAGAGGGCAUGCACUUGUGUCUCCAUUUCCGGCCUGUUGUAGUCAUUUUUUGCUGCACUCCCUUCCUUGAUCUGUGAAAAUUCAUGAAAAGUGAAUGGGGAGGUUCUGAGGAUUAAAACUCUACGUGUAUGUAACUUGUUUCAUCUGAGUCAUAUUCACCCUCUUUUGAGUUCUUUCAGUUGGCGCAAUUUAGGGGCUUGGCAGAGAUCAGAGAGUCUGGUCAUGUAUUGGUAGGAAGAAGAACCAUCACAAGCAAUCAUUAGUAACUAAAUCCGAGGGUAUGCAAUGUGAAAGGGAUAGUUUUAAAUAGAAGGAUCUAAUAUUGGAGCAUAUAAUAUCUCUGUUUUAUUCAUCUCCAGGCGACUCAACAAAGACGUAGAUUGGAUGGCAAACAAAGCAGCAAGAAGAACGUUACCUCAUGAAUGGAUUACUAUCAGGGAUCUUAUUAUUCACGUCUGUAAUAAGUUUAGCUUGUAAAACAGUCUUUGAUGGGAUGGAGCUUCCUUGUUGGGGGGAAAAACGUGAAUGAUAAAUACUAGUGUUGGGAGGAAGAGGAACAAGGUGUAAUAAUUUCAUGAACUCUAAGGAACUUGGAAGUCUAAUUAUCAUAGUUAUGUCUAUUUUUAAAAAUACUAGAGAAAAUAGCUUGUUUCAGAAAGAAAAA